GAGAGAGAGAGAGAGAGAGAGAGAGAAAGAGAGAUGAGCAUAUGGGUGUGGAUGGACAUGUAUGUGUGUGCUGUGUAUGCAUAUGAUGACAUUUAAUGAUUGAGGAACAGAGAGGACUGAGAAGUUUAAUUUUUUAAAACUUUUUUUUUUAAAAAAAAAAAGAAACAACAAGAGAAGUACUACUGAGAAAGAGAGGAGAGAGAGCAAGAUAGGUCUUAUAGGGUUGAUUGUUUCCUUCUCUUUUACUCCGGAUUGUUGCUGUCCCCUUAUAUACUUUCCGCUUGGUUCUUUCUGGGUUUUGUGUUAAGUGCUUCUUCUUGGUUCUUUCUGGGUUUGCAUCUCCAGAUUUUUCAAGCUGAUUUUCAGCUACUCGGAUACGAUAAAAUACCCUAGAAAAGCUUAAAGUUUGAUUUGUAAGUUGUGUAAUUUUGGCUGAUUUUUGAGAAGUUGAUUUGGUUGUUUGCUCAAGAGGCAAAGAAGAAAACAAGAGCAAUAAAAGCUAAGGAAGAAAGAGAGUAAAAAGUAAGAUGGCUGCCGCCUCAUCAUCCGCACCGUUUUUCGUAGCCGGAGAAGACAACCAAAACCAGAUGAUACAAGUUCAACAACAUUCAUCUACAACUGUUUCCUCCACUGUUCCAAACACAGCACCUCCAAAGAAGAAGAGAAAUCAACCUGGAAAUCCAAAUCCAGAUGCAGAAGUGAUAGCACUAUCUCCCAAGACGCUAAUGGCAACAAACAGGUUCAUAUGUGAGGUGUGCAACAAAGGGUUUCAAAGGGAACAAAACUUACAGCUCCACAGAAGAGGACACAACCUGCCCUGGAAGCUAAAGCAGAAGACUACAAAAGAGGUGAAGAGAAAGGUUUAUUUAUGCCCUGAACCCACAUGCGUCCACCAUGACCCUUCUCGUGCUCUUGGCGACCUUACUGGCAUCAAAAAGCACUACUCUAGAAAACAUGGCGAGAAGAAAUGGAAGUGCGAAAAGUGCUCUAAGCGCUAUGCUGUUCAAUCCGACUGGAAGGCUCAUUCUAAAACUUGCGGCACCAGAGAGUACAGAUGCGAUUGUGGCACUCUCUUCUCAAGACGGGAUAGCUUCAUCACCCAUCGAGCUUUUUGCGACGCUCUGGCUCAGGAGAGUGCAAGACACCCAACCAGCUUAAACACACUGGCCACUCACCAUUUGUACGGAAACAAUCACAUGAGCUUAGGCUUAACUCAAGUUAGUAAUAAUUCUCAGAUUUCCUCCUUGCAAGACCCAAACAGCGUCCCUUCAGCGGCUAACAUUUUAAGGCUGGGAAGUACUACUACUGGUGGUGGACCAAAAUUUGAGCACCUCAUUAAUCCAACGUCUACAAACCCUUCUUCUUUACAGCCAAAUCUGCCACCUUCUGCGGCCGCAUUCUUCUUGCAAGAUGCAAACCAAGGCUUGAUUCAAGAUCAGCAUGGCGUGGUAUCUUUUCAAAACAAGCCAAUUCAUGGUCUGAUGCAACUUCCUGAUCUUCAAAGCAACACAACGAACUCUCCUUCAUCUGCUAAUCUCUUUAACCUUGGCUUCUUUUCCAACAAUAGCUCAACUAGCAGCAUAACCAACAGUGAAAACACCAACACCACCAACCUCCAGAAUUCUGGCUUCCUUGGAGCUAACCAGUUUAACAAUGGCAACAAUGGCAGCCAAGGGACUACCUCCAUCUUCUCUAAUAACCUUGGUGAUCACUCCGGUUCCGGUCUCUCCUCCCUCUAUACAAGUUCAGUGCAACAUGAAGCCAUUUCCCCACAUAUGUCAGCCACGGCAUUGCUUCAGAAAGCCGCGCAAAUGGGUUCAACUACGAGUAGCAACAGUACAUCAACCCUGCUACGAGGCUUGAGCGGCGGCGGCUCUUCCUCAACUGCUGGUAAACCAGACCGAUCAAUCAUGCCCACCAACUUUGGCGGAAAUUUUGGGAGCAAUACAGAUCAAAGCCUGAGAUCACAAAUCGACAAUGACACCAAUCUCCAAGGACUUAUGAAUUCUCUCGUAAAUGGAGGGUCGACCAUCUUCGGCAGCGGCAGCGGAGGAGGAGGAGGAGGAAGACAGGGACAGGAUCAUAGCUUUGUCAGCUUCUCCGCCGGCGGUGGGAUGUCAAACUUUGGCGGCGUGGACGAGGCAAAGCUUCACCAAAAUCUUGCCGGUUCUGAUAAGUUGACGUUGGAUUUUCUUGGCGUCGGAGGAGUUGUAAGAAAUAUUAGUGGUGGGUUCUCGCAUAGAGAUCAGCAGCAGCACCAACAACAACUGGGGAUGAACAUGAGCUCGUUGGAACAAGAAGCUGCCAAGUCUAAUUCACAGCAACCAACUCAAGCUUUUGGGAGAACAAAACUGCACUAGUGACGAAGAGAAACGUGUUGACAUGAGUGAAACAGAAGUUGGCAUAGUAGUUUUUAGAUAUGGAACAUGGAUUAUAUUGUAAGUUGAUGAAUUUUUCAGUCCACUUCUAAUUUCAGUUUUUUUUUUUU